AAUAAAAGAGAGAAAAUAAAGAUACCGUAUGGAAAACCGUUCAUAGUAAUUAUCGGAGCUGGGAAAAAGAUAACGAGGGUUGAAUGGGACGACCAUGACUCGCUUGAACAAAGCCCUACCUUUGCUACUGACGCCAAUAACACCGUCGUUAAAAGCAUCACUUUCGUCAAUACCUACAACUUCCCAAGCAAAGGGAAAAUAAACAAUAACCCUAGAGUUGCGGCCGUGGCAGGGUUUAUCGGCGGCGAUAAGUCGGCUUUUUACUCGGUAGGGUUUGCUGGAAUUCAAGACACCUUGUGGGACUCGGGUGGCCGACACUACUUCCACCGAUGCACCAUCCAAGGCGCGGUUGAUUUCAUCUUUGGUAGCGGCCAAUCUAUCUACCAGAGCUGUGUGAUACAAGUGCUAGCUGGGCAGGUACUACAGGGAGCGGGUUACAUAACGUCUCAAGGACGGAACAAUUCCGAGGACACGAAUGGAUUCGUAUUCAUCAACUGUCUCGUUUUUGGAACCGGCACGGCCUUCUUGGGCAGACCCUGGCGGAGUUACUCUCGAGUGAUAUUUUACAACUCGAACCUGACGGAUGUGGUUGUUCCUGAAGGAUGGAACUCAUCGAACUACUGGAAGCAAGAAAACCAGCUAACCUUUGCAGAAUAUGGAUGCUUCGGAAGUGGAUCAAAUACAGAAAGACGUGUGAAGUGGGUUAAGAAGCUGAGUGGAUCUGCCGUCCAAAGUUUCGCUGAUCUGAGCUUCAUUAAUCGUGAUGGAUGGAUUAAAGAUUUACCCAUCCCUGCUUGAUCUCUCUUUUUUUUUUGUUUUUUUUAAAGAUUUCUUAUUGAUCAUCCCCUUUUUAAAAUAUAUGGUUACAUUAGCCAAAAAAAUGUAUAAAGUGCUUUACCAAACCAAUUUCUAGAAAAUUUAG